AUGCCCACAUCGCAACCCAACGAGGCGACCGCCUGGCUCGUCGUGGCCGAGAGCAUCUCGCUCUGCGGACGCCGCAUGCGCGGGGCAUUGUCGUCGGCCUUGAGCGAAGUCGAACUCGGCGACGCCCAGUUCUCACUGCUAUGGAACUGCCUCAACUCAACCGCCGGCGGCUCCAGCCAGCGACACCUGGCCGAAGCCCUCAGCGUUUCGCCAGCUCAUGUCAGCUCAACGCUGGAACAGCUCCGCCGACUGGGGUUCUUGAAGUCGCAGCGAUGCGAAACCGACCGGCGACGACAAGUGUGGGUGGUCACCCCCGAAGGCCGCAACGUGGUGCACCGAGUUGUGAACCGCCUGCAACCUUGGGCGACGCAAUUGGCAAACGAACUCGGUAGCGAGUCGCAGGAAGAGUUACUCGGCUUACUGCAGGCGCUGCUGAAGUUGCUCGGCGAUUUGGAACUGGAAGCGUCAAACCCCAAUGAUCACGACAACGGCAACUCCCGCCUCCGCGGGCUGUUGGGACUCGCCCUAAUUCUGACUGCAUGGCUCGGCGGGAGCGGCUGCAGUUUGCCUUACUACCGUGAACAGGCCGACUGGGACGCGUACCGUUUGAUCCACCAGAAGAAUGAACACCCGCACUGGUACAGCGGGCGCUACAACAUCAACAUCAACCCGCGAUCGCGAAUGUACGAUCCGUACGAUCCUGAUUGUGAGCCGAUGCCGCCUGAUGAUCCGGUGGCCAACCGUUUGAUGCACACCAUCGACGGAAAACAGGCUUACCCGUGUUGGUACAAGAACGGCACCACGCCUUAUGUGCAGAACCCUAUGUGGGCGCAGUACCUCGAAACCGACGAGGAAGGCGAGUUGGUUCUCAAAAUGAACCAGGCCGUGCUGCUCGCGCGAUUGAACUCAACCGAGUAUCAGGGCAACCUUGAAGACCUUUAUCUGUCGGCACUCGACGUGGCAUUCGAGCGAUUCCGUUUCGACACACAGUUCUUCGCCAGUACCGAUACGAAUGGCGACUUCGAUGGCCGCGACAUUGGCGGACAGUCUUCGAGCAUUCUGAAUGUGAACAACGACGUGGAAGCCCGACGGCUCUUCGCCAGCGGUGGAGAGCUUGUCGCCGGGUUUGCCAACAGUUUCGUGUGGCAAUUUGCCGGCACCGAUACGUACGCAGCAAGCUCGUUGUUGGACUUCUCGUUAUUGCAACCGCUACUACGAGGCGGAACGCGAGCCGUUGUGCUUGAAACGUUGACCAUCAGCGAACGUGUGCUGCUUUACAACGUUCGCCAGAUGGAACGGUACCGCAAAGGAUUCUACGUGGAAGUCACCACCGGUCGCAGUGCGGGCCCUGGCCCGAACCGGCGUGGUGGUCUCUUCGGCGGUGCCGGACUUACCGGGUUCACCGGUGUUGGUGGUGGAGGUUUCGGUGGAGUCGGCGGUGGCGGUGGAGGAUUCGCCGGCGGCGCCGGUGCCGCACAGGCGGGUGGUUACCUCGGUCUGCUGCAAGAUCAGCAACAGAUUCGCAACCAGGAAGCCAACGUCGCGGGGCUGCGCGACAGUCUGGCUCAGCUUCAAGCCACUUACGACGCAGGGCGCAUCGAUCGCUUCCAAGUCGACCUGGCUCUGCAGGCCUUAUACAACGCGCAGAGUCGGUUACUGUCGACCAAAGCCGCGUACGAAUCGUCGCUCGACAACUUCAAGGUUUCACAACUUGGGCUUCCGCCAGACGUGCCUGUGGAAACGAACGAUUCGAUCCUCGACCAGUUCAAUCUCAUCGAUCCCGGCCUGACGGAAAUCCAGAACAGCGUGGGCGAUGUGCUCGAAAACCUGCGCGAUGCUGGCAACAACGCCGAGGAAAUCUCGAUCGACAUGGAUGCGGCCGAUGCCGUAAGGGCCAAAGCCGCCGCACACUUGGCAAUCGUCGAAGAGGACCUCGAGAAGCUCGACGAAGCUCUGCCCGAGCGGCGAGAGUCGCUCGAGAAGCUGCGACGUUCGGAAGAACUGCAGAAAGGGAACGUCAACCCCGCGGCUUACAGCAUCGAGGACAUGGAGCAACGGGCCGAGCAACUGCAUCGCGACUUCAAGCAGCUUGUGGUUCGGCUGGAAGAAACCUUCGGGGCCCUGCGAAACCUGGCCGCCGAUGCCGAGCAGUUGCCGACAGAAACUGCCCGUACGCUGCUGAUCGACACCCUGACGAGCCUCUCCGGUGAGUUGGUGGACUUGAUGCUCAUCCAAGCUCGGUCACGGCUCGAGUCGGCCACGUUGAUCGACAUCGAUCUCGAUCCGCACACGGCAUACAUGAUCGCACUGAACAACCGGCUCGACAUCAUGAAUGCUCGGGGCAACCUGGUCGAUACGUGGCGGCUCAUCACCUUCAAUGCCAACCGGCUGGAAGGUGAAUUGAACAUUAGCCUCGAAGGCGAUCUGGGCACCAACGACGACAAGCCAUUCCGCUUCCGUGGGACCUCGGGCAGCUUACGGGCGGGCAUCGAGUUCGACGCGCCGAUCACUCGACUGGAAGAAAGAAACCUGUAUCGGCAGUCGCUCAUCGAAUAUCAGCAGGCCCGUCGGUCGUUCUACGAACUUCGCGAUCAGUUGUACCAAGGUCUGCGGAACACCUUGCGAACCGUCGAGUUGAACAAGCUGAACUUCGAGCUGCGGCGCGCAGCGGUGCUAACGGCCAUUAACCAGGUGGAAGUGACUCAACUGCGUCUGAACCAACCGCCGCAGCCGGGCGAGCAAUCGCAAUUAGGUGCGACGACGGCCCGAGACCUUGUUAGCGCAUUGUCCGACUUGCUGUCGGUGCAGAACGACUUCCUCAGCGUGUGGGUGAACAACGAAGUGCAACGCGUCGGGUUGGACUUCGACCUGGGAACGAUGCGACUCGACAAACAAGGUCUGUGGGUCGAUCCGGGCCCGAUUACGGCUGAAGCCCUGGGGGCACCGACCUCCGGUGAAGCCGACGCCGACAUGGAUCUCAUUCCACCGGGCAACGACGACCAAAGUGCCCCGGGCGUGAUUCCGCCGAAUGUGCCUUCGAUCGAAGAGGCCCUGCCGCUGGAUCCCGAGGCCGAGCCGCUGGAGAUGCCAGCACCGGCGGUUCCUCCGACCGAUUCGAUUCAACUCGAGUUGCCUGAACCCAAAGCGGCAAAAACUACGCAAACCACCAAGGCGACCACCACCGUGCGGUUGAUCACGGCGGAGGCCCCACCAGACGAUGAGGAUGGGGACUCGGCACCCGCUUCAGACGACGAGUCGGAUGUUCCAGAGGAGAAGGCGACCAGUAAGAAGGAUCACCCCCCAGGCGGAGGAUGGAAACCAUCCAAGCCUCGCUAG